AUGCCUGUCGUCCCAGCCAACGGCCUCAUCCUCAUCACUGGAGUCAGCGGCUUCGUCGCCAGUGUGCUCGCAAAGGUUUGCCUGGACCAAGGCUACUACGUCCGUGGUACCGUCCGCUCUGUUGCGAAGCAUCAACCCCUUCUCUCUGCUUUCGGCCCCAAGUUCUCUCUCGUCGAAGUCUCCGACAUAUUUGCGGAUAAUGCAUUUGACGAAGCAAUCAAAGGCGUGGAUGGAGUGGCCCAUGUCGCAGCAAACACCCAAUUCACACCCGAUCCAGCACUUGUUGAUGAGGCCGUCAGGGGCGUCACCAACCUAUUAGCCGCUGCAGCCAAGGAGCCCAGUGUGAAACGGGUUGUAGUAACAUCCUCCAAAGGAGCGGUCAUGUAUCCUAAACCAGGCAUCAACUACCAGAUCACACCGGAAACCUAUAACCAGGAGGCAAUGGAAGAGUUCAAGCUUCCCUUCGAUGGCAAGAAUCCAUUGUGGCGCGGCAUGGUCAUCUACUGCGUGGCCAAGGCAACCGCUGAACAGAAAGCAUUCGAAUGGGUACGUGAGAACAAGCCGAACUUUGUCCUCAACACGGUCGUGCCCAACCUGAACUUUGGGACCGUUCCUGCGCUUCAGCAUCUGGGAUUCAUCAGCAGUAGCUCGCUUAUUGAGUCUGUGGUCCGUGGCAUAUCCGUUGGGCCAGCGAUAUUUACUUCCGAGUGGUUCGUUAACGUCGAGGACACUGCUCUUCUCCAUCUUGGGGCUUUAACGCUGGAGGAGGUCCAGAAUGAGCGUAUCCUUGCUAUGGCAGGGCCGUUCUCGUGGACCAAGAUUCUAGAGAUCAUUCGAAAGCUGUACCCCGAACGCCAGUCUAUCUUGGCUUCCGUUGACGAGCCAGCAGUCGAUGUUGGACACGUGGAAAAUGGGCGAUCAAUUGAGAUUCUUCGCAAACUGGGCAGACCAGGGUUUAGGGAUUUGGAAGAGACAAUUGCCGCUAAUAUGCUGUCGGUUGUCGAAGCUGAGUCGCUCCCAACAAAACCCUCGAGCCGAGCAGACGAUCUGGCUGCUGCUAUGGCGGCAUCAGCUCAGGCAUAA